AUGCCGCUGGAUCUGCCGCCGCCGGCGCACGGCACGUCGACGGAGCUGGUCAUGCUCCCGAAGGAGGACAAGCAAGAGAGCAGGUUCGCGUCCUCCGACAUGAUCUAUCCCCCGCCGGAUCUGCGCGUGAUUGUUGACAAAACGGCGGCGUUCGUCGCGCGCGUCGGGCCCCACUUUGAGGCGCGCAUUCGCGAGCAGGAGCGCGGCAACCCCAAGUUUGCGUUUGUGAACCAGGAUGACCCGUACUAUGCAUACUAUCGCCAGCAGGUUGAUGUGGCAAAGAACGGCGGCGAAAACACGCCGAUGAGCGCCGGCGGAAAUGCAGCGGCGGAAAUCGACGCGGCCGUGCAGGCCGACCGCCGGACGACGACCGCAGACACGGCAGUGCCGGACGAGCCGCCGCCCCACGAGUUUGCCAUCGAGUUUCCGGGCGUACCGGCCGUGGACCUCGACGUGCUCAAGCUCACCGCACUGUUUACCGCCCGCAAGGGGCCAGCCUUUGCGACGGGACUCCUCGCACGCGAGUCGCGGUCCUACCAGUUUGAGUUUCUGCGGCCUGCGCACCCGCUCUUUUCCUACUUUAAUCUGCUGGUCGAGCAGUACCGCCGCGUGAUGCAUCCGUCGGCGACGCUCCUCGAAAAGGUCCAGUCGGGCUCCCAGGGGACGGGACUGCCUGUGCAGGGCGCGGGCCACGGCGGGCCGCGGACGCGCCUGCUCGAGGGCAUCCGCAAGCGCGCGGCGUGGGCCAAGUGGCACGCGGACCGCGAACGCGAAAUGGUGUACGAGGAGAAGCGCAUGUCGAGUCUGUUUAACGAGAUCGACUGGCAGGACUUUAUUGUCGUCGGCGUCGUCGAGAUCACAGAUGCAGACGAGCGCUCGGAGCUGCCGCCAGCACGCUCGCGCCGCGAGCUCCAGAACGUCGCGAUCGCACAGCAGCGUAUGGCGGCGAUGGUGCAGGAGCAGCCGGCCCAGGCGUGGGAUCAGGAGGCGUACGAGUCGGCAGCGCUCAAUGUGCUGGGCGUGAAGGAGAAGGAAGAAGAACAAGAGGAGGAGGACGAAGAGGAGGGCGAAGAGGAGGAGGCGCCUGCCCCGGCCUCUGCCCCAGCCCCUGCGCCAACGCCUGCCGAGGCCCCGCAAGCCCCAGCCGAGGCCCCCGCGCCGUCCGGCCCCUCCAGCACGGUCCUGCCUACUCCCCAGGGCCCGAUCAAGAUCCGCCGCGACUACAAGCGCGAGAUGCGCACCCAAAAAGCGCCUGUGCAGACGACCAUCUGCCCGGUGUGUGGCGAUUCGGUUCCUGUGGACUCGAUGAGCGAGCACGUCCGAGUCGAGCUGCUGAAUCCCAAGUUCCGCGAAGAGCGCCAGAAGCUCGAGCAGCGCAAGCAAGAGCAGGCGAGUCUUGCGGAGGGCGCGGACCCCAGCCGCUUCCUCAAGCAGUUCGCCGGCGCACGUACCGAUAUCUUUGGCGGCCAUUCCGACGAGGCCGCGCAGGCGCAGCGCGAAGCCCAAGCGCAGCAGCUCGCGAAAGAGAAAGCGAAGCUCGUCUGGGACGGCCACGCGAACAGUGCGACCUCUACACAAGAUGCGCUGCAGCGCAAUGCGUCGAUCGACGAGCGCAUUGCCAAGAUGCAGCCCGCCGCGCCUGCCGCGCCGACAGCCGGCCCCCAGAAGCCGACGGUGCCCGCAAAGCGCGCGGCCGACACCGACGCGGGCCCCAAGGCGCAGGCGCCGCGUCUGGACGCUGCUCCUCAAUAUAUCCCCCGCAAGGACGAUGGCUCUUUGUACUCCGAGUCCGAGUGGCUGUCCAUGUACCCCUACCCCGUGAUGGUGCAGGUGCGCCUUCCCAACGCGCCGCAGAUCUCGCCCAAGUGCGACGGUCGUAUGCUGCGUCUCGGCGCGCUGCCGCUGAGCACGACCAUCGGCAGCAUCCGCGACCGCGUGCUGGUCGACCCCCUCGAGCGCACGGUUGGUGGAAGUAAGCUGAAAUUGUGGAUCGCCGGAAAGCCGGCGACCCUGCGGCAGACCCUGGCCUUUUGGAACUUUGCCAACGGCGACACAAUCGACAUGUCUCUAGGAAAAUAG